AUGUUCAACACGAUCGUCUACUUCCUCGCCAAUCUCCGCCGCGAACCAGGAGCAUUCUUCUUCUUCGUUUUCACGGUUUUCCUCAUUCUCCUCAUCAUGUCGGGCGUGUACCGUACCAUGGCCUCGAUCGCGCGCACGUCCGACCAGGCGCUAGUGCCAGUUGCUCUCAUCACCAUGGGCGUCAUGGUCUACACUGGUUUCACAAUCCCUGUAGACUAUAUGCCCGGCUGGUCGAGGUGGAUGAACUACAUCAAUCCUCUUGCCUACGGCUUUGAGGCACUCCUGGCGAAUGAAUAUCACGGACGCGAAUUUCCUUGUGCAAGCAUCGCGCCUGCUGGUCCCGGCUACGAUGACCUUUCCCUGGCUAACCGAACCUGCACUGUCGUUGGCGCAGUGCCGGGUGAUUCCAUGGUCUCCGGCGACCGCUAUAUUGAGAUCAGUUUCGGAUACUACAAUGCCCACAAGUGGAGGAAUAUCGGUAUCCUUUUCGGCUUCUUGAUCUUCUUCUUUUGCACCUAUGUCUUCGCUGCCGAGUACGCCAAACCUCCUGUCAACAAGGGUGAGGUUCUUUUGUAUCGUCGGGGCAAAGUCCCUGCUUUAUCCAAGAAACUCGGGCAGAAGGACGAGGAGAGCCAAACGCCUUCGCGGCCCAUCAAUGAAAAGCCUACGGCUGAGGCGAAAAGCGAUGAUCUAGAGAAGGAGAAGAGGCCCAGCCCAAGCACUUGCGGAAAGCCCAUUUUCCAUUGGGAAGAUGUCUGCUAUGACGUCAAGAUCAAAGGAAAUGACCGUCGCAUUCUUGACCACGUUGACGGAUGGGUGCAGCCUGGCGUGGUCACAGCCUUGAUGACCACCCUCCUAGAUGCUCUCGCCACUCGCGUCACAAUGGGUGUGCUCACUGGCGACACUCUCGUCAAUGGAAAACCGACGGACAUGUCCUUCCCUCACCGCGUAGGCUACGUUCAGCAGCAGGACCUUCACAUGAACACUAUGACCGUGAGAGAAGCCCUGGAGUUCAGUGCAGUCUUGCGUCAGAGCGCUGAGAUUCCUCGCGCCGAGAAACUUGCGUAUGUCGACGAAGUGAUUAAGACCCUGGAGAUGGAGGCCUUUGUCGAUGCUGUCAUUGGUGUACCAGGUGAGGGCCUGAACGUGGAACAGCGCAAGCGGUUGACAAUCGGUGUCGAGUUAGCUGCCCGUCCUCAGCUGCUUGUCUUCCUUGACGAACCGACCUCCGGUCUCGACUCUCAAACAUCUUGGGCCAUCUGCGACCUCAUUGAACGACUGGCCAAGAGUGGCCAGGCUGUCCUCUGCACCAUCCACCAGCCGUCUGCCAUGCUUUUCUCGCGCUUUGACAGACUUCUUCUUCUGCAGCCAGGUGGAAGAACUGUCUACUUCGGAGACAUUGGUGCCGGCUCCCGCACGAUGAUUGAAUACCUCGAGAGAAAUGGCGCGCCGCCUUGCCCUCCAGCCGAGAACCCGGCGGAAUGGAUGCUGAAGGUUACGCUUCCUUCGACUGACGGACCCGAUUGGUUUAGCAUCUGGCACAACUCCCCUGAGUAUCGCGAAACCAAGGCUGAGCUGCAGCGUCUGCGAGACGGAAACACCUCGGCUCUCUACAUCGGAUUCAGCUUCACAUCCAGCAAUAGUCUUCAAGGGCUCCAGAAUCAGCUCUACGCGUUCUUCAUGGCCUUCCUCAUUUUUAACCCCUUCAACAAGCAGAUCAUGCCCAUGUUUGUACCGCAGCGUGCACUGUACGAAGUUCGCGAGCGCCCUUCCAAAAUCUACCGCUGGUCUGCCUUCAUGCUCUCCAACGUUGUCGUCGAGUUCGUCUGGAACACCGCCGCCGCUGUUCUCUUCUUCUUCUGCUGGUAUUAUCCCGCUCGCUUCUUCAAAAACACCACCUCAGACGACGUCACAAUCCGCGGCUUCACCACGUUCCUCUUCAUUUGGCAGCUCUUCCUCUGGAUCUCGACCGUCUCGCAGUUCGUCAUCGCUGCCAUUGAGCACGCUGACCUGGCCAGCGUGCCCGCAGCGCUCAUCUGCAUCAUGGCCCUCUGCUUUUGCGGCAUCGGCACCGUGCGCUCGACACUCCCCGCGAUCUGGGCCGAUUUCAUGUACCGCGUCAGCCCCAUGACCUACCUCGCCAGCGGCGCGCUGUCCGCCGCUCUCCACGGAGCCAAGGUUGUCUGUAGGCCCGAAGAGGUUGUGCGCAUCCCUGCCCAGGCGGCCAUGAGCUGCGCCGAGUUCCUGGAACCAUACAGUCAGCGCUUCAGUGGAUACCUGGUUGAUGUCAGCGAUGACAGCGUGUGCGGAUGGUGCCCGAUGAGCACGACCGACGACUACCUUGCCACCUUCGAGAUCAGCUUCGGUGACCGGUGGAGGAACUUUGGCAUUGGGUGGGUAUUCAUUCUCUUCAACAUUGCAGCGGCCUGCGGCCUGUACUGGCUGUUCCGCGUGCCCCGGGGUCAGGGUAUCAAGAGGAAGUAA